AUGGUUUUCAAGCUGCAACACCUAAUGGUUUUUUACUUGUGUACCCAACAGUUUUUGGCACUUUAUUUCAGAAGCUGGUCUAAUCAACUCUUAAAUGGAUUAGGUCUAAAACAUAAUAAUACUGGUGAUGAAUUACAAAUUCUCAUUACUCAAACAGACGCUGUUGUAUUCCUUGUUAUGAAAGCAGUUGCUGGGUUUGAUAGAGGUUGUUUGGAUCAUGUUAGCUUUGUCAUUUUCAGUAACUUUUUACCAAUGGCCAUAUCCAUUGAUAAAGAAAUUCCAUUCCUUCCAUUUACAGUAAAUGCAACCUACAUGAUUUCUAGUUUAAUUGUAAUGCAUUUGCUAAAGUUAAAAGAACCUUCUAUUGUACAGUAUUCACAUUCAAAUGAAGUUGAAAAUAAACAUUUAGCUGCAGGUUUAGCAUGGGGUUGUUAUUCUACAGAAAACGUGUCAAAUGAUUUUAAUAUAAAAUUUUAUUGUAACUGUCUUGAGGACAUAAGAAGUACUGGUGGAGUACAUGACAGAUCUUACAAAAACAGCGUUUACUCGAUUGAACCACGUGAACCACAAAAACCCAAAAAAUAUGUUAUUAUGGAGUAUGCAACUCCUCUCAACAACUUGUAUAAAAUGUCAAAGCAUAGAGAAGCAAAUUUUUCUGAUGAAGAUCUUGAAUGUGAAAUAAUUUUGUUUUACAAAAAACUUAAGUCUAUUUUGGAUGAUGACCCAAAUUGUAUUAAACAUUAUAAACUAAUUUUAUUGUCAAGUGCUUCACAAAAAAAUAUUGCGGAUGUUUUGUAUAGAGAAAUAAAUGACGAAGAAAAUUUUUUUAAUAAUAAUGUUAAUGUAUGA